AUGUCUGCACCUGUCGAUGACAAUGGGCACCCAUCGCUAGCUUUUCUACGUAAAAACUCGGCUGCUCGUCGUGAACGUAUGGAGAAAGGGCUUAGUAGAGCAUCCAGCCAAGCUACAACUACAACCAGCAGCAGCAGCAAUACGAGUUCAUCCGUUCGUUAUUAUCCUAGCGACAGCAGCAACAUGACGACGGCAUCCAUCGAGCAUUAUCUUGCUUCUGCACCCUUACCACCACCUCCUCCACCAGGCCCACCCUCUUCAGCACCCCCUGGCCAUCAACAGAUUCUCACGGAUGAUCACUUUGACAUUAUUGAUAGUCUCAACUAUGAUGACAUUGAUGAUGGCAUGUUUGAACGAGAACUGGACCAUCGACGACGAGAGACUUUAGUUCAACAAUUGAUCACUUCCGAGCGUGCCUACUUUGAAUCCCUGAGAGUGGUGCAACAAGUCUUUAUUGAGCCGUUACAAAAGGAUGCCAAGCAAUCCUCAUUCAAUUUCCUUGGAAUGAAAAAACUUGUAUGCACCGAACGAGAGACUCGAUGGUUAUUCGGCAACUUUGAUGAAAUUGUUCAAGUUCAUCAAGAGAUCCUUGCAAGUUUAGAGGAGCGCUUGCGCAUUUGGGGACCUACGCAGAUUAUUUCCGACGUGUUUCAGAGCUGGUUCACUCGUAUGGAAGCAUACAAGGCUUAUCUUGACAAUUACGGCCUUGCGAUUACGACUUAUGAGCGUCUCACUCGCUAUCAACCUUUCAAAAAGUUCAUUGAUAACGCACACAAAAAUCCAGCUGUCAAAGGUGCCACCUUGCUAUCAUUAUUGCAAACACCAGCAGGAUGCAUUAGCCGCUAUGCACAAUUGAUGACUAAACUUGCCGAUGCCACAUCUCCUAUGCACCCCGACCACGUUGCACUGAACCAAUGCAGGCAUCGUAUGCAAGCCAUUGCAGAGGAAAUGAAGAAAAAAAUUGACGAUGCUGAUAAUGUGGAUCAAGUGCUCAUGAUUCAUCAAGCAUUGGUUGGAGCUCCAUUUGGUGUCAAGGCACAACGACGCCUCGUGUUACAGAGCCCAAUGUCGCGUGUCCAGGCCGGUGGUUCAAAGUCCUCGGGUGGCGGUGGUAGCAGUGAAGAGCGCAUCUACAUCUUGUUUUCCGACAUGCUUGUGUUUGUACGACCUAAACAAGAAGGCAAUCGCACCUUGCUGCAAUUUCGAGGCAUGGCACCACUUGAACGUGCCCGUGUUAAGCCCAUUGAUGAUACCUCCAUUGAAAUCACAUCUCCCAUUCAAGGUGUGGAUACGCUGAAUACAACCUUUGUUGGUAGCAGCUCCGUACAUGUUAUGCAAACGGAAAGCAAGGAUGAGCAAGAACGGUGGCUCAAACAUUUGCAAUCAGUAAUUGAGGAAUUGGAUCGUGUUGCACGUGCUGCUGCAGCAAAGGCUAAUCGAAGACGAGCUGGUCAUCCAAGAAAAGACAAUCGCUCUCUAUCAUCCUCAGGUAGCAGCGAAAAAGAUAAACAAGAUUUGAGAAACUAG